CAGAACGAAUAUCUUUCUGCCAAGAUGUAUGCUUUGCACCAAUUUAUGCUAAUUCAUGUUUUGACGUGCCUUGGACAAAAUGCACUUGGAAGUGAAAUUAUAAAUGGGGAAAAAGCUCCCGAGAACUCACUGUUGUAUAUAGCCUCGGUGCAGAACAACUACGGCCACAGUUGUGGAGGUUUUCUUGUAAGUGAGGACUUUGUGGUCACUGCUGCACACUGUGAUGAAGGGAAUCCAAGGAGAAUAGUUCUUGGCACCCACGAUCUCAGCAAGCCUGCUGACACCGUGAAAGAUGUAAUCAUGAAAUGCAUACACCCAUAUUAUAUAGGUGUUGGAAAUGGGAAUGACAUCAUGCUACUCAAACUUUCUAGUGAAGUCCAACCAAGCAAAAGCAUCCAAAUUAUUAAACUUCCCUCUUCUGAAAUAAAGCUAAAGGAAAAUGAAAGAUGCCUUGUGGCUGGGUGGGGUUUGACAAAAACUGGUGGUCCAUUAGUUCACCAGUUGAGAGUAGUGGAUGUGUCUGUUAUCAGCCCAGAGGUCUGUAGGGAGAACUGGCCGGGUCUUCCGGAUGGUCUUAUUUGUGCUGGUGGUUAUGGCACAAACAAAGGGUUCUGUCAGGGUGAUUCUGGUGGCCCUCUGAUCUGUAAUGGUACAGCUGUUGGAGUUGUUUCUUUCAACAAAUGGGGCAGAUGUGACUACCCGGAUGCACCCAAUGUUUAUGUGGAUAUCGCAAAACACCUUGACUGGAUCAACGAGAUUCUCAAGAAAAAGCAUUGUUAAGUCUUACAUAAAUCUUUGCUUUGACACACUGUUAUUGUAGUUGUGCGUUUACAUUGCUUUGUGUUUUAUGUAGAUGCAGAAUAAAUAAAUGUUUCAAAUAUUUCUCAGCAGACAUGUAAUUGUAGCAAAGUUGCUGUAGUGACAAUAUUAUUGUGAUGUCAUUUAGCUCAUUUUAACGCAAUAAAUCACCGGUAAAUGAUUUAGGGGACAGUAAAAAGGUUCCCCUGGAGUCAGAAACAAAAAAAUGCAGUCUUCGCUCAGCAUGGUGCAGUUAUUAGAUGAGAUGAGAUCAGGUUUUCAAGGUUGGCUGGGUAGUUUUAAGAGUGCACCCUGGCGCGCACCCUAUGACGGCUAGGAUAGGCUUGAGCUCUGUAACCCUGGGUUUAACAAGAAAAUGUAAUUGCUCUGAGCAGUUUUUGAUAUGGGCAACAUGGGCGGUUGCCCAGGGCACCCAACAGGCCAGGACAUGCUAAUGUUAGCUGUGUUUCCAUAGAUCCUAACCGAUCUCAGAGCGGUGAGAGCAGACCAACGGUACUUUGGCUUGUGAGCUGCUCUCCAUUCAGUUUACAAACACCAGCGGUUUAGCCACAAUUCGCAUGCACAAACCAUCAGAAAAAGCAAAAAAAAAACUGCUGGACUCUCAGCUUGUCCAGCUCCAGUCAUUGUUAAAAGGAGACAGACACACCCAGACACUGUGAGACUGACCCAUGCAUUUGUGCUUGAAGCGUCACUUAUGUCUACGCGGUCAUGACAUCGCAUCAUGUGUUGAUUGAAGGAAGUGCAGCUUUCAGCAACAAUACCUGAUUGCGGCCACAGUGGCAGUAAUGUAAAGACUGGAUGCAUACAUAAUAUAUGAUAUAUAUAUAAUUGACUGGCAAGGAGCUUUAGUAAAGUGCUGUGUGAAAUGAAAGGAGAGUGAAGCCUUAAUGUGUUUAUUUUUAGACCAGAUCUUCUUUUGUACUAUUUUGUUCUGAUAUGUAAAACCUUUGAAAGGAAAGGAGAUUUAAUUUCUUUUUAUUAUGAAGAUGGAUAUAUGUUUGUUGUCUAAUUACAGUAAAUCUUAAUCUGGGAAAAUGUUAUUUCUGUGGUUAAUCUAGUUGGCUGUAGAACUCGGAGAUAGUGUCAUUAGGCUGUAUCAAGAGUAAAAAAAAAUCUCAGGUCAUUCAUCACUC